AUGGUGCUAUACCGUAGUCAACCGCAGAUUUCUCUGGCAACAUUGCGAGAGGAUGUGAGAAGCAUUGACAUUAUUGAUGACAGCAUUACGAGGCAGCGCAGCGCCGACGACAAUAAUGCAGUGCAGUAUGCACCUGUACACCACCCUAACACCGGCACCGGCACCUUCAAGCCGCCCGCCCGCCCGCUGCCCGUCGGCACUCGAUCUUCGCGCCAGGCACGACGCCGCCACCUCCCCAUCACCAUCGCUCCCCGCCCUAUCACCGCCCCUCCUCGUGCCUCCCGCCUGCGACUUGGAUGGUCGCUCCACGCCUCAGGCUAUUCUAUCUCUGCAGGCCUGGCAAGCGCUAGUACGAUAGGACACCGCCUCCGCCUCUGCCGCGCACACUCGGCAGUCUUGAUUUUUCGCUCAAUGCCAUCAUCAUCAUUCUGCCAAAUAAUGCCAACACAGACACCAUCGCCCGAACCACCACCAAUCGUUCAGGAACGUGUUCAUGCGCAGUGCUGCGAAUUGCGCGGUAGCUUGGAGACUGUCGCGCGCAUGCAUCAUGCCCGCCCAACAAGUCGGGAGGCAGGGUAUCGCAAGGACACGCUGCAGCUCAUCAGCAUAUACCGCUCUCGCCCACCCGUCUACAGUAUCCUCGUGAUCGUCGUUGUGCAGUGUGAAUGGACCUGUGUCCGUGUGAAGGUCCGGCCGACACCUCCUCCGCGCGACGCGUUCUUUGUUUUGAUCGCUGCUUUCCUCCGUUGCGGCAGGCUGACGGUAUGUGGGUCCAUUCUUAUGUGCACCGUGCAUGCGGUAUUUGAUUUGGGUCCGUGUCCGUGUCCCCGCUGUUAUGGCAUCGGCGACAUUUCUCUACAACCUUCAAAACACACAUCUACAGCCGCACAUGAAAAUGGUAUGAACACUGCCCGCCAAGCCACCGACAAUACCGUACAUCGGUCUCGCCUGAUCGCCAUGCCACCGUCGUUGCCGGCGCCCACAGUCACAAUGCACUCAUCCCUGCUGUUCCUGAUCACUGCUCGAAUGCCAUGGCUAUUUCUUCGCAGAGCGCAUUCGAAGACACUAUCGCCUUCAUCUGACAAAGAUUGGACUUCAACAAUGCUCUUGUUCUGUUCACUUACGCCUAGACAAAGGCUCUCCCUUUGGUCUUUCGCACAAUGCUUCGUCAGCUUCAAUGCGAUUGUCUCAAGUAUAGGAGCAAGACCUUUGCUCUCGUUUCUCCCCUUGCUGUAUCGCAUCCCUCAACCACUGUCCUGGAGACAUUCAACCGCUGACAGAAACAAGCCACCAAUUUCGGAACUUUGCACUCUCUUCGAUCACCACUGUCCUGGAGCCGGUCAAGCGCUGAGACAGAUGCAAGGCAUCAAUUUCGGACUUUGCAUUUCCUUCGAUCACAAUCUCUGCUGCCGGUCAGCAUUGCGAACUGACGACAUGCAGAACCAACCCCAAUCAACAAUGCCUACAGGCACUCCCCAGCCUUUCAACUUUGGACACCCAACAUCCGAGGGGCAGCCUAGCUCUCAGCAAUUCUUUCCAUUCUUUCAGCUGGACGGUAUGCAACCGGACAGGUACAGGUUCCAAGAGAAGCUCUUCAACCUGCCGCUUGGAGACCUAGGGAACGUUCAGCCUCUGACCUCUCUUUUGAAUUCCCUGUGGCACAGCGGGAAGCUCCCACCGCUCGCGCUGAACUUCAUGACACGCCUCAUACAUCUGGCACUCCCAUUCUGGCAUGCUCUCUUAGUAAGUACACCCGUCGUCUAUCCAUCAGAAGCAUGUCCAGCUCCCAAGGAAACACUAACAGAUGCAGAGAAAUGGGACACCAUUGCCAAAUUGGAAGAGCUCGCGCAGGCACUCACCAUCACCUUCGGCGAAAUAGGCGAAGGCGUCAGUGGUGAGACGAGAGCAUCAUUACGCACACUUGCCACAAUGCCCGGUCGCGGAGCAGACAUCAUCAUCAGCCAGGAAUAUCUCAACGAAAUCAAUGCGACAACAGAAGCAGAAGACGUGAUCAACUUCCAAAUUCUCUGUUUUCGCGUCGCGACCACCGUCGUCCACGAACUUGCCCACGCCGCAGCACUAGCCAAUUCCGGCAUGCCUCAACCAUUCCCCAACACCUUCAUCGGUGACUCCCAAUCCAACGAGAUCGGCUUCGAAAUCGAGAAGUACCUCUUUGGCGGCGUUCUCGACCUCGAAACCUUCUUCGGACCGGAAUACGGCGACAUCCCAUACUACGCUCACAACAACAUUACCUCGCGAGUCAACUACCGUCUCAUCCUCCUGGAUUGGCCCGACAAGGACGUCAUCGACAUGUACCGCGAAUCUGGCGCCUCCUGCGCAUGUCACGCGAAGUUACCCCCCGCUCGAAUCUCCUGGACCACCUCCUUCCUCCACAUCUCCUGCGUCUUUCAAAACUCCUACUGGCAAGACAUCGUCCCCCAAUUCGGCCGAGCAGCCCUGCACUUCCCUCGCCAUUUCGGAUCUCUCAGAGCUGACGAUCUCACCUGGAAUCCUUGGGACUUACUCCAAGCCCUCAUGCCCGGUAAUCUUUACGUCAUAGACCAAAAUAUGUUGGUUUACUUCGUUCAGAAGGUUGAUGAUCCGAGUGCCCAGAAGGUACGGGAGUUUUGGGAUCAGCGAAUGCCGAAGAAUUCCAAACUUCACGAAUGGUUGGCGCUGACUCAACAGGAUUUUGGCCUGAGUCCGGAUUUGAAAGCUGCCAUGGAGAGGGUGCUUGCUGUCAUGGACUUUGAUCGCACGAUUGGCGGGCUUGCUUUCAGCGUCAUCAAACUCCAAUCCCUCGUGUUCCCUAUGCUUCCUCAAAUAUCUGUCUUCUUGAAUACAAAACCUCCUGCUUUCCAACCCUCCACUCUUCUCCCCGUCAAUUUUCCACUAUAUAAAAUUGCUUCCUACCGUACCCUCAACCUUACCCACAAAUUCCCGUCCGUGCCCUCACACAGCAUUCCAGGACAUGACGCACUCCAGAUAAUCCCUAUUGCUCGCAAUACUGAUACAAAGUUCGGGGUCAUCGUCCGCAGACGGGGUGGUGUAAAGAGCAGAAGAAAUACUCCGUGGAUUCCAAGACAAAUGACCCCCGAAUGUACCGAAAGCAAAGGUGUCGUAGUUCCCCUCUCGGCAAUGCCAAGCAUUGCUUACAUAAGAGGUGGCAUCCAUGGAGCCUGCUGUACAAUGAGAUUUCCGCUACGCGCGAGGAACUCCGAACCACCGUCUUCCAAAGAUUUGGAAGAUUCGGACCAAGCUUCGCAGUGGAAUAGUACCAAGCCGUUGGCACAUGCCGCGUCGCUUAGCCGGGAAUGCAAAGACGCUAACGACAAGGAUCGCGAGGAGAGGGAUGAGAUGAGAUCGAUUCUGUUUCUAGGCCCUACCCAACACGCUGGCUCCUAA